AUUUCUCCACCUCCAUCAUUCAUCAGUAGAGCAUAAAUUCAACUCAAAACAGUUCCUUACUAAAGAUCAAAGAAGAAGAAGAAGAAAAAAUCCCAAGACAAAAGAAGCUAUAUACUUGAUUCAUCUCAUCAAUGGUGAGAGCUCCAUGCUGCGAGAAAACGGGCCUGAAGAAGGGCCCGUGGACUGCGGAAGAAGAUCUGAUUCUCAUCAACUUCAUCACCCAAAAUGGCCAUCCCAAUUGGCGGGCUCUUCCCAAACGGGCCGGAUUGCUGAGGUGUGGUAAGAGCUGCCGCCUCCGCUGGAUGAACUACCUGCGGCCCGAUAUUAGGAGAGGGAAUUUUAGUCGAGAAGAGGAGGAUACCAUCAUUCAAUUGCAUGCACAAUUGGGAAACAAGUGGUCUGUGAUUGCAUCGAGAUUGCCGGGGCGGACAGACAACGAGAUCAAGAAUGUUUGGCACACGCACUUGAAGAAGCGUGUCGCCGGAAAAACGGAAAUCAAGAAUGGAGAAGCUGAUUACUCAUCUGAUUAUUCCCGAAAAGUGGAGCUCAGAUCGCCGGGGGAUUCCCUCAGUGAGGUCUCAUCCGUCGUCACUUCCGACGCCGGUCACGGUGGUGGUGGCUACGACGACGCUUUGAUGUCGGAUUUGUGGGACAAUAAUUUCUGGUCAGAGAUUUUUACGGCGGAGGAGUGGAGUGGCAGUAGUGAUUUCUCAUCUGGCAACAGCGAUCCACAGCCUCAAUUUGCUGACCUGGAAUUACAUAUGGAAGAUAGCAGUUUUUGGCGGGACGUGUUUAAUAGAGCUGAUGAACAAGUUAUGUACAUAUAGUUCAUCACUGGGAGAUUUUAGAAUCAUUAUCGAUUAGAUAUUCAAAUUGAUCUGUGGAUAUGGUUCUGUAAUGAGUCACUUAUUUAAUUAUUUAUUUAUUUAUUUACAUA